AUGUCCCGUCAAACAAAGGCUUGUUCUCAGGCUCGGGACGAAGGUGGAGCCGCUAUUAGUGGAAGUCCGUCUUUGACUCAUCGUCUGAGCGAGGGUGUUCGUGGGGAGACUCCCGGGGAGGAAGGAGCAGCAUCAGAGGCACAGAGCGGUGGUACUAUCGAGGCGUCAGGCGACGAGAAGCAGCGAGAAGAGGAGUCUGUGCUCUCGGACUCGGUAGAUUCACCAGAGGGUGUCUCCGUGUCAGAUGAAGCAGAGAAAAUAAAAAUCGGAGAGAACGGAGAGGAAGCAGCGACAGCAGAAACCGUCGGAGCGGCAGAGUGUGAUAGGAACGGUACUACCCAGGUCUUGCAAUCCGAGUCGGAGCUGGCGCUCAAGAAGAUGUCUCUUGACCCCAACGCAGCUGAGUUCACGCCGUCCUUCGCGCCUUCCCCAUCAGCAGUUGCUGCAACGCUGUUUUUUUCAAACUACAACCCUCUCAGCUCCACUGCCGCUGCGGACAUCUCUGCGACCACAGCUGGUGCCUCUUCUGCUGCUUCAUCCGCUUCGUUUGUGGUUCCCCCACUCAUUCCUCCCCUCGUUACCGGCAGCACGAUUCCUGCCUUCAAUCUUAGCCGUCCGUUCCCGGCCAUCUCCCAGGUUGUUCCCAUAGGCCCGCGACGGUCUUCUCCCGUGCCUCCACGUGGCGACAGUCGGGUUUCCCGGGCUAUCAUGCUCUCUCUGUUGCCACCACCUGAACAACUACCUGACGCCUUUUUGGCGCAGGAGAUAGAGACAACGUGGGGUCCUUUGAGAUUCCUCGACCUGUCCCGUCGCUGGGAAGGCGUGGCAGUGGCACAUUUUUACGACCUGCGCCACGCCAGGGCGGCACUGCGGGACAUGCAGCAGCAGCACUGGCUGCAGCAGCAGCGCACGCACCACCGCAUUCUCCUCCGCCUGCGCCAAAUACACACCAGGGAACCCCCCGAGAAGAUUAUUCAAGACCCUUACCGGCCGCUGCCGAACGAGCCUGUUCCGCUGAAAGGGCUGGGAUUGGUUGCCGGGUGGGUGGUGUGGGCGCAAGCGGUGGAUCCUGAUGGGGCGGGAGGGGCGUGGGCGGGAGAGGGGACGGGGGCUGGGCGUGGGAGGGGGUUUGGGGGAGGUGGGGCGGAUGGUGGAGGCGGUGAAGGGAGGUUCGGUGCGGUGCAGCGGCGUCACCAGCGACACAAGUCGCAGGGGCAACAGCAGCAGCAGCAGCAGUUGGGGCAGCAGCUGCAACACAAGCAAGGAGGGUUAUGGCAGGGGCGGGAUGAGCAGCAGGGAGGGCUGUGGGACGGUGGUAAUGGGUGCGUGGUGGUGUGGAACGUUGACCCCUCCGUCUCAAUGGACUCUCUGCGUGCACUCUUGGCAACAUGCGGAGACGUUAAGGAGGUCAGAGCAGUUCCUUCUCAGAAGCUUCACCGCCUUGUGGAAUUUUUUGACAUCCGGGCAGCUGCCCACGCGCUGCAGAAGCUGACCGGAACAGAGCUGGCGGGCAGGCAGAUAAAGAUUGAGUUUGCACGAGAAGGAGUCAUGACAGAAGCAGUUGGAGCAGCCGGAGGAUCGGGAGCAGGGGUAACAGUGGGAGCAGUGGGAGCAGUGGGAGCAGUGGGAUCAAGAGCAGUGGAUGCAUGGCAGGGGACCUCGCCCUCCAACGCAUCGACUGCUAGCAGCAGCUCGGCGCACUCGCCUGGGCACACGCCCACCCAGCCCAACCCUGAUCCCCCCGCUCCUUUCAAAGGCACGUCUGCCUCGCACCGUCAUGAGUCUGAGCCUCCAGAAGGGGCCUCUCCUGCGGCUGCAUCCAGUUCCACGUCUGCUCCUGCUGCUGCUGCUGCUCCUUCCGAUUGUGGUGAUUCUCCAAAAGCUCCCGGGUGUGAAAGCUCUGACUUGAGAAGUCCAGGGGUGGAGAGCAGUGGUGGCAGGGGGGAGAUGGGUGCAGAUGGGUUGCUGCUAUCAGGAUCCGCGCCUGGUCCAGGCGGCACCAGGGGGGAUGCAGUGAGAGGGGCGGAUGCUGUAGCUUCCCUAGAGGAGCAGGUUACAGGCGACUGUGAGAAGGUAUUGAAGGAAGGUGAGAAAUUAUUAAAGGUAGCUGAGAAGGUAUUAAAACAAAUGCUUGGGGACAGAGCUGAGGAGGUUUCUGAUGAAGCUUCUGAGAGAUUUUCUGAAGCUGGGUUAGCAGCAGAUGUUAAUGUGGAAGGGGGAGAGGAGGAGGGAGAGGCGGUAAAGGAGGAAGGAAAGGAGGUAGAGGAUGCAGUGGUGAAGGAUGGGUGUUCAGCAGGAGAGAGAGAGGGCGAGAGUGGUGUGGAGAGUGCCGGGUCAAGAGGUGGUGGGCUGGCUGAUGAGCCGGCGCUGCAACAAGAAGAGCUGGCCCUAGAGAGGCUACUUCCUGUCUCAUCUCCGGGUGAAGAAUCUAGGAUGGAUGACAGCACGCCAGGGGACGGCAACCCUGACAGCACUACUCCAGUCACCAGCGCACCCAUCACUACCGCACCCAUCACUACCGCACCCAUCGCUACUGCACUCAACACCAGCACGCCCAUCACUACCGCACCCAACACCAGCGCACCCAUCACCACCGCACCCAUUGCUACCGCACUCAACACCAGCACGCCCAUGAGCAGCGCGACAGCGAGCGCCCAGAGCUCUCCAGACACAUGGAGGCAGCACGGGCAUGGCAGUGACGGCACUGGUAACAUGGGGUACAACUACUCUUACCACCCGCAGGCGCACUUCUCCCCUGCUGCUCCAGCAACCUCACCAGCAGCUGCAUCAGCAGCAACUCCAGUAGUCACACCCGACUGGUUCCGGCAUCCUUUUCCAACCCCUCCUAACUUCGUCCAACCACCCUUUAAUCCCCCGUUCUUUCAACCACGUUCGGCCGCGCCUGUGCCGAACCUGAGUCCCCCUGGCACACAGACAUUCGUCCCGGGCAGUCAGGCCUUGGGGAGCCAGUACGAGGGGCAGCAUGUGCAAGGAGGCCACGAAGGGUGUUACAUGCAUGAGGGGCAGCAGCAGCAACAGCAGUACCAGCAGCAGCAGCAGCAGCAGCAGCAGCAGUACCAGCAGCAGCAACAGCAGUACCAGCAGCAGCAGUACCAGCAGCAGCAACAGCAGUACCAGCAACAGCAGUACCAGCUGCAGUUUCAGCACCAGAACCAGCAGCAGCACCAGCAGCAUCCCGGUCCAUAUGAGUCUCUUCAGGCCCCUGUCUCGGUGCCUGUGCUUCAACAUCCCCACACUGCCUACCCACACGCUCACUCCCACCUCAUGCCCCUCAUGCCCCACGCCCCGCCCUCCGCACCUCACACUCACGGCCACGGCCCGCCCUCGUGGGCUUAUUCCUUCGCCCCAGGAAUGCCGUAUCUCCCACCUGGUGGGGCUGCUUCCUCUGCUUAUCUGCCCUACCCUCCUCCUCCACCACUGCACUAUCCUUCUCGCCAUGCUGCGGAUUCUUCCCUUCUCCGUCCUCCGCCUCCUCCUCCUCCUCCCCCUCCUUCUGCUGCGACUCAUCUUUCCCUUGCUGCAAUGUCUGCUGGGGGUGCGUCUCCUGCCGUCUCAUUCCCCACUUCUCUCUCCUCCUCUCCCCAAUUCCCUGCCACCCCCACUGCAAGUGCCUCCAAUGCUUCUGUCGCUGCGGCUGCUGCUGCCCCUGGGGCUGCUAACCCUGCUGUCCCUGCUAACCCCACUGCCCCUACCGGGUUUGCUAUGUACGGCCAUGCUACACCAACACCCAUGGGCGUGGGAUAUCCUCCAAUAGGAAUCGUCGGAGCAGCAGCUGGAAUGUUUCCAUCUGCCCGUCCCGGGCAGAUGCUGAUGCAUUGGAACGUGCUCGUGGCGCAAGGAAGUGGGGGUGGGGGAGGAGGGGGAGAAGCAGGAGGCAUGGGCGGGAUGUGGAUGGGGGGAGCAGCAGGGAGGGGAGAAGCGAUGGGCGGAAGUGCAAGGCAGGGUUGGAUGGAGGGCCGUUCCCAUACACAUGGCCGUGUGCAUGGUCAUGGGGAGGGGCAGCAUGCUACGGGGGGAGACGAAGAUGACAUGGCAGAGUUCGCAUUUGUGGAGGAGGCAGCAGCAGCGGCGGCCAGGACAGAGGCCACCCAGCUGGCUGCCACGUCAGCUGGCAGGUGGCACCAUCACGGACGGACACGUGGCACUGCCGAAGAAACAGGGAAGGGGAGAGCAAAGGCGCAUCGCCCUCUGACGUGUUUGACUGAUCUGGUCCAAAGUGGCUUGACAGGUUCAAGUGACUAUCGGAAGGGCACAGGGCGGGUGGUGGUGUCGCUCCCAAGUGUUACACGUGCUGGGAGUGGUGGUGUAGCAAUAGGAGAAGGAGACGAGAGCAUGAGAGCGGGAGAAGAGGCAUUGGGAGAAGAGGAGGAGGCAACAGGAGAAGGAGGGGAGGUAGGAGGCGUAGGUGCAAAUGAUGCCCGAGAGCAAGUCAGCUCGAACAAGGAGAAGAAGCAGGGAUGGGGACAGGAAGAGCCACAUGCUCAGGUGGAAUCCCAGGAGGGUGCUCAGGUGGAAUCCCAGGAGGGUGCUCAGGUGGAAUCCCAGGAGGGUGCUCAGGUGGAAUCCCAGGAGGGUGCUCAGGUGGAAUCCCAGGAGGGUGCUCAGGUGGAAUCCCAGGAGGGUGCUCAGGUGGGCGGUCAGGUGGGCGGUCAGGUGGGCGGUCAGGUGGGCGGUCAGGUGGGCGGUCAGGUGGGCGGUCAGGUGGGCGGUCAGGUGGGCGAGGGGGUGGCGAGGGGGCGGCGGGACGGCACGAGGACGACGGUGAUGGUGCGGAACAUACCCAACCGCUACAACCAGGCCAUGUUGCUGGCGCUGCUGGACGCCCACUGCCUGCACUGCAACUCGCACCCGCCCUGCCGGCCCUGGGCUGCUGGGAAGGCGGUGGGAGGAGGGGGAGCACGAGGCAGGAGAGAUGCUCGGGGUGAUGGCGGUGGUGGUGGUGGUGGUGGUGAUGAUGAUGGUGAUCGUGUUGAUUCUGCUGCUGCUGCUGCUGCUGCUGCUGCUGCUGCUGCUGCUGGCGGUUGUACUGAUGGAGAUGGGAGCAAUGGCAGUGAUACGGGGAGUGACAGUGGCAGCAGUGGCAGUAGUGGUGGGGGCGAGACGGAGGAGGAGCACUGGGAGCCGCUCUCUGCUUAUGACUUUGUCUACCUGCCCAUCGACUUCAAGAACCGGUGCAACCUGGGGUACGCAUUUGUGAAUCUGACGACGGUCACGGCAGCGCUGCGGCUGUUCCGCGCCUUCCAUCUGCAGCCGUGGGAGGCCUUCAACUCGCGCAAGGUCUGCCGCAUCUCCUACGCGCGUGUGCAGGGUCGGGCGGCGCUGGAGGAACAUUUUCGCAACUCGCGCUUCGCCUGUGACACGGAGGAGUUUCUCCCGCUCGUCUUCUCCCCGCCCCGCAACGGCAUCUCCUGCCCUCCCCCGGUGCUUGCUGCUGGUCACAUGGCAGGCCAGCAGGUAACCCUCACUGGUGGUAACCACCACCUCGCGCUCACGUCUGACCCUAGUUUUUUGCCUCUCGCCCCUCCUGUGGCGUUGCUGAAGGAUCCACGGCACGGGGGAGAAGAAGUCAACCGCUCUCUUAAAACAGCGACGCGUCGGUCCUCGUCGGGCCAGCCGUUCGUAGCCAUUCGCAGCCAAGGCGACGCGCAUUGCAACUCAGCAGCCAAUGAUUUUCUUCCAGCAGAACGCGCAAUCCCUCUCAUCCGUUCCACGUCAGCAACCCCGGCCGCAUCGGGCCCACAACGGGCGCAGCAGGGACUAUACGGGGACGCGAAACGCGGUGCAGGUGCAUCCCAGGGAGGUGUUAACUGGGCGCGGUUGCGCAACCACAUCGGCGUGACCUCCGUGAGCGCCGCGUCCUUCUCUUCCGCGAAUAGGCGGAAGGAGGUGCGCGGAUUCGUGGAGGAAGACGCGUCGCAGCGCGGUACCAGCGGAGACCAGAGCGACGCAGAAUCGAAGCGCGCGGAGCUUGAGGCAGGAUGGCAGAGUGGCUCCGAGGGAUCAAUGCCGCCAAUGGCGGCGCCAAAUGCGGCGCCAGGCGCGGCGACAAGCUGUUCUCCCAGCGACGAGUUCGCGUGCACGAUUGCCGGAUGCACCCACGUCCACAGUAACGUCGGCUCCAUGCGGAGGCUAGGAAAUCUCUCGGAAACCUCCUUCCGAGCAGCUCCGCCGGCGGAAUCCCGGCCGGUGCAGAGCGGUACCAAGGGGUUCAACCUUGGGCAAUUUCUGUCGCAGCUGCUGCCGUACGUGGUGGUGGCGACGGCGGUGUCGGCGCUGACGUGGCCGGCGACGUUCUCGUGGUUCAGCAAGCAGUACUACGCGCCCGCACUCGGCGGCAUCAUGCUCUCCAUCGGCGUGCAGCUCUCCGUCGAAGACUUCAAGGCCGCCAUUGAAAAGCCUCUCUCCGUCAUACUGGGCGUCCUAGUACAGUACGCUGUCAAGCCGCUCAUCGCGGCCGCCAUAGCCGCCACCUUCCGCCUCCCCCCCGCGUUCGCAGCCGGUUUCCUCCUCACCGCCAGCGUGUCUGGCGCGCAGCUCUCCAGCUACGCGUCCUAUCUGGCAAAGGCUGACGUGGCGCUCUGCAUCGUCCUCACCAGCCUCAGCACCUUCGCCUCCGUGGCACUCACCCCCAUCCUCACCUCGCUCCUGAUUGGCUCAGCCGUCCCCGUCGACCUCCUAGCCAUGUCCAAAUCCAUCCUGCAAGUCGUCAUCCUCCCCGUCUCCCUCGGCCUCAUCCUCAACACCUACGCGCGGAAAUUCGUCGAUCAGAUUCGACCAAUCAUGCCGCUGCUAGCCAUAGUCUGCACGUCCCUCUGCAUAGGCAGCCCUCUAGCCAUCAACCGGUCCCAGAUCGUGUGCCUGAGCGGCCUCAUGCUGCUCCCGCCUGUCCUCGCCUUCCACCUCGCGUCCUUCGCCGCUGGUUUCUGGUCCGCAAAGCUUCCUGGAAUGGCGCAGAGCGAUGACGUGGCGAGAACUUUGUCUCUGUGCGGUGGCAUGCAGAGCAGCACGCUUGCCAUGCUGCUGGCAUCUCAGUUCCUCGGGUCCACCCACACGGUGCCUGCCUCGGUCUCUGUUGUGCUCAUGUCUAUAAUUGGGCUCAGUCUCGGAAGCUUCUGGGGAUCGGGAAGGAAGCUUCUGGAUUGGAACAUGGCUGGGCCUGUUGUGGGGGCCCAGGCAUACGCUGCUCCUGCUGAGGCGUAG